CCGCCGCCUCCGGUGCGGCACGGCUCGGCAUGGCAUGGCACGGCUCGGCUCGGCUCGGCGCUCUCCGCUUCACCGAGCGGCUCCGGGGCCGAGAGUGCAGGGCAGAGGAGGAGGCGCCCCUUGUCUUUCCGUUCCCGAGCUCUGGCAGUGCCGCUGGUUAUGGGGAUUUGGCUUGCGAGGGGGCCAGUUGCUGCUGCUGGCCCACUGCCGUAAGCCAGCGUUCCCGGGCUGCCCCACCAGGAGCUCUGCGGAGGCGCGGACGCGCGUCUCUCGGAUCAAGCCUUCCGCAAUGAGUAAGCGUAAGGCGAAGGAGAGUGGUGGAGCAAAUGGAGAAUGCAUUUCGCAGGCACAGAAAAUUUUACGUGAAAGAUUCUGUCACCACUGUGCUGCUGGAAGACUGUUUGGGAUUGAACAUCAGUACAGACAUCUGCUGGAUCUGCUGAAACGGACUACAGUUCAUGGAGAAAGUAAUUCUGCCCUCAUUAUUGGACCCCGAGGAUCAGGAAAGACUGCGUUAUUAAAUUGUGUCUUAAAAGAGCUUAAGGAAAUGAAACAAGUUAGAGGGAACCUCCUGGAAGUUCGUCUGAAUGGGCUUCUGCAGACUAAUGAUAAAGUGGCCCUGAAGGAAAUCACCAGACAGUUGAACCUGGAAAAUGUAGUUGGGGAUAAAGUUUUUGGCAGUUUUGCUGAAAAUCUUGCGUUCCUUCUUGAAGCUUUAAGGAAAGGAGAUCGAACUAGCAGUUGUCCAGUCUUGUUUAUACUGGAUGAAUUUGACUUGUUUGUUCAUCACAAGAAUCAGACGCUGCUCUAUAACCUCUUUGAUAUAUCACAGUCAGCCCAGACUCCAGUAACAGUUAUUGGACUUACAUGUAGGCAGGAUAUUCUGGAGCUCUUGGAGAAAAGAGUAAAGUCAAGGUUCUCUCACCGACAGAUAUAUCUAAUGAAUUCUUUUGAUUUUAAACAAUACAUAAAGAUAUUCAAGGAACAGCUUGCUCUUCCUGCUGAUUUUCCUGACAAGUCUUUUGCACAAAAAUGGAAUACUAAUGUUCAGCAUCUCUCAGAGGAUAAAACUGUGCAGGAUGUGCUGCAGAACCUUUUUCACCACAGUAAAGAUCUGCGGACACUUCACUUGUUCUUGAUGCUCGCUCUAAGUAACGUUACUGUGCAUCACCCACUUAUCACUGCAUCAGAUCUCCAUGAAGCAAGCAAGCAGUAUCGAACGGACUCAAGAGCAAAUAUUGUACAUGGUUUGUCUGUCCUGGAAAUCUGCCUAAUUAUAGCUAUGAAACACUUGAAUGAUGUUUAUGAAGGAGAACCCUUUAACUUCCAGAUGGUUUACAAUGAAUUCCAGAAGUUCAUACAGAGGAAGGCACACUGUAUGUACAACUUUGAAAAGCCUGUUGUCAUGAAGGCAUUUGAACACUUAUUACAGCUGGAAUUAGUAAAGCCAAUAGAAAGACCAAAUAUACGUGCUCAGCGUGAGUACCUCCUGAUGAAGCUGCUGUUGGACAGUACUCAGAUCAUGGAUGCCUUGCAGGUGUACCCAAACUGCCCUGUGGACGUGAAGCAGUGGGCAGCCUCAUCACUCAGCUGGCUCUGAACUUGCUGGAACUUGCAGCCUCACUUUCUGCAACCAAGCUUUUUGAGUAUGAGCUGCAGCAGAGGGCACGUUUUCCCACAGGAGGUAACUUUUUGGAAGAAGCUUUGCUGAUUGAUGGGGGAUUUCAUUUUUCAAGAACUGCUCCAAUGUUACGUUCUGCUGGCUGUAACAGUGAUGAAGGGGAAUGCUCUGGCAGUUUAACUCAGCUUGGUGCCAGCUUUUUCUCUGGUGCAGAGUUUCCACUCCAUAUAAAUCUUGAGUUCCUUGGUCUAGGAUUGACUGUGUCAGGUGUUGCCUUGGGGCACACCACCCACAUGCCUGUGGGUCUGGCUUAAACCCCAAGGCACAGUUACCUCUCAAAUGCUGUUUGAAGCUUAUACUUGGUAUACUUUUUUUCCCAAAUUUGACUUGAUGCAGGAGACUUUUUAAUUAACCUUUAAUGACAACACAUGGUGUUUUGGGAUGAAGUACAACCCACCUUGGCCAGGUUACUCAGCUGCUUCUGCAGGGACCAGCCUGCUGGGGCAGCUCUGGAACACCAGCAGAUCCCCCAGAAUGCUCCUGUGGGCUUUGUGGCUCAUUGAUGGGAAGUCUGUCUGACAGCAGGGGGAGGGAAGGCUCUGUCUGGAAGGUACAUGCUACUGCAUAUGUACUUCAGUGAUACCUGGCAGAAGUACACUUCCUCCCAGGUAAGAGUUACCAUUGGUUUGGAACCACAACAUGUCACGAAAAGCCUUGCUGCAAGGAUAACAUAAACUGUAAAUAAAAAUGUUGCCACAAGA